AUGGCUCGCUGGCUCCGCGACCGCCUUCUCUUCCGCAGCGCCAAGCCGGAGCCCCCGCAGCCGGACUACGCGGCGGGUCCCGAGCAGCCGGACUUGCUGGCCGCCUACCGCCUGCAACGCGAGCGCGACUUCGAGGAUCCUUACGGAGGGGGCUCCGGAGACCCCCCGGCCGCCCCGCCACGCUGCCGCUCGCCCCGCCGGAGGCUCAUCCGGGUGGAAGCGGAGAGGGCGACGGCGGCGGCGGGCGCCCCCUCCCUCGGGCUGGGAGACCCGCCGGACCAGAAGGAGAACAAGGUCUUGCGGCGGGAGCUCCUCUUCUUCCUCCUCCUCUUCUUCCUUCUCCUCCUCUCCUCCUCCACAGCAGAAUGUCCUUCUAAGAUGCUAGGAGAAGCUCUACUUGGAGGGGAGAGUUGGUGUCAUGACGCUUGCCUAUCCAGGCAUGGGAAGUCUUCAAGCGGGCUCUCUUCUCCUCUUUGCCACCUAGAGGUUCAGAAGAACGGGUCCAAGGAGGAACUGGCCACUCAGAAGCCUCUGCACUUGUAUGACACGCCCUACGAAGCCCCUGAGAAUGAAUCGGGCCCAGAGGACCAAGUUUCUUCUCAGCCUGCUGUCUCCUGCCGCUACUCGUGGUUGCCAGAAGAUGACGAGAGGCCUCCAGAGGAGUAUGACCAGCCCUGGGAGUGGAAGAAGGAGCGGAUCUCCAGAGUCUUUGCUGUGGAGAUUGAAGGGGUCAAAGACUUGCCGUGGCCUCCGCCAGUUGGACAGCUUGAUGGCUCAACUAACCACUCGGAACCUGAGAAACACCUCCUUCUCCAAAGCGCCAGCUCCAGAGAUGCUCCUCCGGGCCUCCAGAAUGCCAGUACCAGCGCUCCGGACUCUUCUGCUUUGUCCUGUCCCCUGGAAGUCAGUGGUGAGUAA